AUGAGGCCUUCCCUGAGCAAAUGUUUCCCAAACCCUCUCACCCACCAGUGGCCAUCCACGAGUAAGCCUAUUCUCUGUGAGUCUCAACAACUAUAUGUUCUUGUGUGCAUAUGCUGCUGCGUCCCGAACACCCACCUCCUCGUGUUGCAAGAGAAGGAGAGUACCGAUAUGGUCACAUUCAUGCCCAAGGGACCAAGGUAUGUAGAUUUCAGGAUCACCGCUCGCACCACGCCGGAGGACAUCAGCAGCUUUUUCCUGUAUGCUGAGACGGCAUCGGUGAGCGGGGUAGCAAACAAUCUCUUGCACUCGACUGCACCCCAGGAAGCUGAGUCCGCAGACUUGCCAGGUCCCGAGUUCUCUCCGAGAAGCCCGCGACAAUCCCUUCCUAGAGGAGCCGAACCCGCCACCCGUGCCGGGUCAAAAACUCAGCGUGACGACGAAAGACUCCAGCCGGCCGAAUUGCAAUCACAAAAACAAUGGCGGCAGCGACAGGUGGUGGUGGUGUGUCUGCAUGGGAUUAUGGCCGCCAGCCCGGCUGUGCUGUCCGUCCUCACGGUGGUCCUGAGCUUUGGGUAUGUAUCUCACAACCGAGUCACCAAGAUGGUCCCCUCGCUGCGCAUCGUGGCGUUUUGUGAUCAUCACAUGUGUGCGGCGGUGCUCCCAGAGAGUAUCCGGGCAUGUUUCGCGCUUUCCACCUUCUUGUCCGGCAUGGUAAAGGACAACGCGGUGAUUCUUCAAAGCAACAAUUCAAAAUAUUCAAGCAUAGUAAAUAAGUAUUACAUGAAUGAAGUAAUCUUUUCGUCGGCUGGGUCCUCUUUGGUUGAGACGGUAACUCUUACUGGUGCGGUUUCUCGAUACCUUCGGCACUUAUUGGAGGUGGUACGGGGGUGUUUGGUGAUGGAAUUGGCAUCAGGUCCUUUCAUUAUGCGCCGGGUAUCGAAGUACAUAACCCUUCUCAAGACGGCCGCGAUGCUUUUCAUGCCAAACGAAGAGGACCUCAUGCGGCGCACCCCAGGACGCUGGAUGUCUCCACGAGUUCAGGGGCUAGAUGUUAGGGCCAAUUGUUUUCAUGUGUCACUGGAUACCAAUGCCAAUGACAGUGAUCUUGUCAGCGUGAAUAGUUCCAUGGUGAAACCACUCUCCACGUUGGAGCACGUUGUGGUCUCACCAACGGAUGUUAUUUGCCUUCUCCCUGUCUUUGUUACGCAUCAUCUAACGCUGCGCAAGAGUUUUGUGGAUAGAUCGGCAUGGAUGUCUGCGGUGCGUGAGAGGAUGGCCGGCGUAGGCCGUCCCCUGUCCACAGAUCCUAUCCGCCUUGAAAAUGCGUUAUCAUCAGAUUUAGAGCAAUUUAAGGAAGAUCCAGCUUACAUGGCGAGUUUGUGGGAUGCUCAUAUGGCUAGCCUGGCUCUGAAUAAUCAGCGGGUCACUAAGGAAGCCGAGAUCACCUCCAUGACAUUGAACAGCACACAACUUCCAGGACAGUCCCAGACAGAUGGAGACUGUUCGAGGGGUUUGUUUGGCUCAGGGUCACGCUUGCCCUUUACGCAUAAAGUACCCUUUCAGGUUAGACAGGAAUCUCUAAUAUUUCCCGAUGCCGUCAUGCCGUCAAUGAAAACGAAAUAUCAAGAGGCACCGCUAUCCUCAAUGAAUACGCAGUGCCGGCCGGUAAUCUCCACUGCCCCCGACAGUUCAUGCAGUGGACUGCUUAGAAACAAUGCGUUACUUAUCUCAGAGUAUUGCAAUUAUUGUGAGGUGAGAGACUUGGUUCGAGCUGUAAUUGUGUGUCGCAGUGCGCCGUCCCCGGGUUGA